GAGACACAAAGACUGAAAACAUUCAAGUAACCAGCUGGGCCCGCUAUCAGUCAGUCUAUUAAAAGGGGCAGCCAUGGCCGAAUGUAAAGGUUGUUUAAGAUACCAGGACAAAGUUACUAUUGUAACUGGGGGAUCCAAAGGAAUUGGGGAAGGAAUUGUGCGAGAAUUCGUGAAAGCUGGAUCUAAGGUCGUGUUUUGUGCAAGAGGAGUUGAUGUAGGGAAAAAGCUGGAGGCUGAAGUGAAUGCUGCUGGACCAGGAGAAUCUAUGUUUAUCAAAUGUGAUGUAACAAAAGAAGAUGAUCUUAAGAGUCUGGUAGACAAAACUGUUGAAAAGUAUGGCCAUUUAGAUUGCUUAAUUAAUAAUGCUGGAUGGCAUCCUCCUGCGAAGACCAUUGAUGACACAAGUGUAGAAGAUUUCAAGAGUCUACUAAACUUUAACUUAGUUAAUUACUUUAUAUUAUGCAAGCUCGCUCUCCCGCAUCUUCGUAAAACCAAAGGAAACAUAAUCAACGUGUCGAGUCUUGUGGCACAAAUUGGUCAAGCUAAUGCAGUAGCUUACGUCUCUACAAAGGGUGGUAUAACGUCUAUGACUAAAGCACUCGCUGUUGAUGAAGCCAAGCAUGGUGUCCGUGUCAAUAGUCUAUCACCCGGUAAUGUCUGGACACCAUUGUGGGAUGAACUUGCUCAUGGGACGGCUGAUUUUGAAACAAGCAAACGAGAAGGCGAAGAAGCACAGUUAUUAGGUCGCAUGGGGACCCUAGAAGAAUCAGGCAAAUCGUGUUUAUAUCUGGCUGCAGAUGCGACAUUCACUACUGGUGUUGACCUAUUUCUGUCUGGAGGUGCUGAACUCAACUAUGGCAAGAAAACAAGGCUUGAUCAAUAAAUUUGUAAUUCAUAACUUUCUUUCUUAAAAAAAUUACUUCAUUCGGGAGAAGUGGAUAUACUCCCAUAAUAAGCUGCACGAGGAUGUAACCGCUCGUUCAUGAAAAUGUACGGUAUUUCAGAAUUAGAAUUUGUUUUAUUAUCAAAUAGAGUAUAGUAUCAGAUGAUCA